GAGAACCUCUCCAACUCCUUCCAAAACCAUCAAAACUUUGGAGAAAUAAAAGCCGGUAAAAAGAUGGGCAAUUGUCUUUGCAGCCGGCAGCCGGUGGUUUGGGCCGACGACAUCGACGACGACAUAGAAGAGCAUUUGAUUCAGACGGAUGAAGUGCGAGGAAUUGCCGAAAGAGUAGAGUCUACUGCAUCAUCGACGACGGAGGUGAGGAUCAGAAUCAGCAAGAAAAAGCUACUGGAGCUGCUGAGAAAAGCGGAUGCUAAAGGCUUAACCGUUGGAGAUGUGAUGAAAGAUCUCAUACAUAUGAGCAUGACAGACUCUAAUGACAUUAUUCACUAUCAUUGGAGGCCCGUGCUCAGAAGCAUUGCGGAAGAGCCCGACGAAUAGAAAUAAAUAUUAGGUGUGUUGAACUCACUUAUGACCAAAAAGAGAGCGUGUAUGUGUGCACAUACUCUCUCCCUGCCCUCUCUCUUCUCUUAUUUGUCGGUCGUAAGUAAUUGCACCACAUCUAAUAUUUAAAUUUAAAUUAAGCCCCAACAUCUUUCUCUUUUUUUUUUAGUUAGAUUCUAUGUAAAUUUAUAAAUAAUUAGAUUAUGAGAUUUGAUUAGAAAUAGAUUGUGAAUAGAACAGGAGA